AUGCCCUCAUCUUGCAAAGACAUUCGUGCGGCACUCGCCGAAUGCCUGCAACAAAGUGACUGUAUCAUGGUCCAACGCCACAGCGCCGCCGAUUGCCUCCGUCCACCGCUCGUUGAUACUCUUCCUACUCGAUGCCAGCAAUUGAAGAAAGGAUACGGAGAAUGCAAGCGUGGUCUGAUCGACAUGCGCAAGAGAUUCCGUGGCAACAAACCAGUUUCUUCGAGCGUCGAGAUUGAGGCUGGCGCAGACAACCCCAGCAGACAGCUUUAUGCCGGAAAAAGCGCUUUUGGCGAUAUCAAGACGACAGAUGGCAAAGAUGCCCCCGAGGACGACUCAUGA